GUUUCGGGACAAGAGACUUCGAGGAAGAAAAGGACAGGAAGAGAUAAAUAAGCAGCAGCAGAAGAAGAAGAAGAAGAGAAUACGAUGCAGCGGACAGCUAUUUUGAGAUCAUUGAGAGCGGCGAGGUGUCGGAAUAUCGUCAACACGGCGACGAUAUCGCGCAGCCUGCAAACCUCUUCGCCUGCGUUUCUUGCACGGCAGCAGCAGCAGACGCAGAAGCAGGAGAAGCAAGACGGUGAAGAGGACGAAAACACGGUGAAGAUCGAGUUCAAGCUGGAGCCACUUCCGCGCAUCAACGAACCGAUUGAAAACAAGCGUGCGCGCCUGCUCUACCAAUCCCGCAAGCGCGGGAUUCUCGAGACCGAUCUGAUUCUGUCGCGGUUCGCGGCUACCUACCUUAAAGAGUUCAAUGAGGCCGAGUUGGAGGAGUACGACAAGUUCUUGGACGAGUACGAUUGGGAUAUUUACUACUGGGUUACCGGGAACCCGAGUUCGCCCGUGCCGGAGAAGUGGCAGAAGAGUAAGAUUUUGGAGAUGGUGAAGGCGCAGGUGGAGGCGUUUAGCAAGACGGAGGCGGUGCGGAUGCCUGAGCUGUAGGCUUGGAUUUACGAUGAU